AUGCAGGCUCUCUUUCGACGAGGCACUUCGUUCUUUGGCUCUACGCCGUCCGAAUCCCCCAGAGGGAGCCCGGUCCGGUCGGUCGAGGAAUUUUCAACGGCCCCCUCCUACGACACCUUGUUCCCCAAGACCGACCCCUCGGUGGACGGCGAAGAAUGUCUCCACGACUGCGCCUCCUGCACCAUUCGAUACCCCGCCAGGUUUGACGUGGACCAGCAAGACGAAGUCUACGCCAAUGUGAAUGGCUGGGCGACCCAUCUGCUGGUAGCCACCGGCAAGACCGAUUGGGUGCGAGACGUGGCUGACGAGCCCGGCAGCGUCAUGGAAGCGAUCGAGAAGGGUGGACUGGAGCCUAGUAACGGGAAACUGAAACUCUCGGCGUCCAACAUCCCGGUCCCCGACGAAUACCACGAGCAUGCACCAGGGAAACAACCCACCAGCGUGCUGCUCCUCCCCAGCUUCACCGUCGUGGACCACGUCACGCCCAUCCUCGUACCUCAACUCAUCCAAUACUUUGUCAACCCGGCGCCGACCACGACGACGCCACUUGGCCAAGCCCCAGCCCCAGCCCUGACGGACGAAGGGACCACGUCGCUACGAUCCCGUCAGUGUCCACACGCCGCCGUGAUUCUCCUCUGCUCGCAGCGCACGCGCGAUGCGCGCUGCGGACAGUCAGCGCCGCUUCUCAAGCGGGAAUUCGAGCGCCACCUCCGGCCGCUAGGACUGUAUCGGGACAUGGACGACGAGCGACCGGGCGGCGUGGGGAUCUACUUUAUCAGCCAUGUGGGGGGACACAAGUAUUCGGCGAAUGUGAUCGUGUACCGACGACGAGAUUUCGAGUGGUAUCGGAAGGAGUCCGGGGGGGAAGAAGGAGCGGCGCAGGGGAUCUGGCUGGCACGAGUGCGACCGGAGGACUGUGAGAAUGUGAUCCGAUACACGGUGCUGCAGGGGAAGGUAGUGAAGCCGAAAGAGCAGUUAAGGGGGGGAUUUGAUCGAGAGAGGGGGAAAAUCAGUUGGUGA